AUGUCUAUUGCUUACCAAAAUCCCGAGGACAGUCAAGGCAGUCAAGUGAAUAUACAAGCUGAUGACAUCAGCAGGUGGCCAGAAAAAAUUACAGCAGAAUUCAUCAAUUACUGGGCUGGCAUAGGCCCUAUGGAUCUCUACCACAGUGAUGUCAAGUCUUUGAAUGAUAAAUCAGCAAUCCAGAAAGCUGCAAACAGCGUCAGUCGGAAAUGUACACCAAAAAAGUUUCAUUCACAUGAGCAAUCCAAAGAUCAUAUUGAAGCUGUUUGGAAAACAGCAAGUCGUGCUAAAAAAGCUGGACGUAUAGACUCUAAAUUUGCCCAUGAAAUGGAUCGACAUGAGCAUUAUUGGCGUAGUCUGCUUAAACGACUAAUCAGUGUGUUUAAGUUUGUAUGUGAACGAGGCCUCGCUCUUCGUGGAGAUAAUGAAACGAUUGGAUCGCCUAACAAUGGCAAUUAUUUAGGGUUACUAGAACUUUUGGCAGAGUACGAUGAUUUCUUAGGACAACACAUCAAAAAUCUUGCCAGUCGUGGUUCUGGUCAUACAAGCUAUUUGUUAUCUACUGUCUGUGAAGAACUUGUUAGACUAAUGGGCAAUCGAGUUUUAAACGAAAUCAUUUCACGCUUAAAAUUGUCGAAAUACUAUUCAGUGUCUCUUGAUUCUACUGCUGAUGAAGGUCAUAUUGAUCAACUAACUCUAAUAUUCAGAUAUAUGGAACAAGAUAGACCAGUUGAAAGAUUCGUGAAAUUUUUGCCGAAUCAAGGGGACAAAGCGGAAGAAAUGUUUCGUGGAUUAAUGAGUUUCCUUAAAGACAUUGACAUUUAG